AUGUAUAUCUCUUCUACUCUUCUUGGCGCCGCUGCCGUCUUUGCCCUCAGCGGAGGUGCCAACGCAGGCCCGGUCACCCGCCGUCAAAGCCCUCCCGUGGGCCAGCCCCUCUCAUCGUGCACCCAGCCUGGCCUCGUCGCGCUCACGUUCGACGACGGCCCCUUCAUCUACACGUCGCAGCUGCUCGACACCCUCAAGGCCAACGACGUCAAGGCGUCCUUCUUCCUCAACGGCAUGAACUAUGGCAACGUCGAGACGGCGCCCUACCCGGACAUCGUCAAGCGCAUGAAGGACGAGGGCCAUCUCGUCGGCUCCCACACGUACUCGCACGCGGACCUCAGCACGCUCUCGUCGGCCGACCGCAUCGCUCAGAUGACGCAGCUCGAGGACGCCACGCGGAGCAUCGCCGGCUUCGCGCCGCGGUACAUGCGCACGCCCUACCUGUCAUGCGACGACGCGUGCGUCACCGACCUCACUAACCUCAACUACCACAUGAUCGGCACCAACCUCGACACCAAGGACUACGAGAACGACACGCCCGAUACGACGCACAUCUCGGCCGAGAAGUUCAUGAACGGGCUCAGCGAGGACGCCUCGUCCAACAGCUACAUCGUCCUGUCGCACGACGUCCACGAGCAGACGGUCAUCUCCCUCGUGCAGAAGAUGAUCGACACCCUCAAGGCUAGGGGUUACCGCGCCGUCACCGUUGGGGAGUGCCUCGGCGACGCCCCCGAGAACUGGUACAAGUCCUAA